AUGAAUGCUUUCAGCCCGCCCAAUGCCCAACGGACCCUCAUCGAUGCAGACGUCGUUGGAACGCUUUCGUCUAAAGGAUGGCCGGCGCUCUCGCCUGAUAACGUUGUAUCGGAAGGCCCAGGAGGAAGCCAGGAUACUAACAUUGCUAAUGCCACAGCUUGCAGCCAUUCCCUUGCUGAAUCCGUGUCGCUAUAUGAGGGAGAUGAGCUAACAACUGGUGUCAUAGACCGUUCAAUUACCGUAUUGUCGACUACCCAACACGAAUGCAAUUCCCAGGAAGUAACAUCGUCAUCACCCUUUGAAGAUACACCACAGACAUUCUCUGAUGGAGGUUUCGCUCCGGAUACAACUUUACAUGCUCUCACAACCCCUGACGAUGAGGCUCUGGAAAGUCCGCUCGCCCACAAGGUUGCUAUUCCGCCGCGCGUUAGCUCCAAGCGAGCCUCUCUCCCUGUUACAUCGCAAGCCCAGAUGGUGAAGGCCGCAGCUACAGCUGCAUCUCGCCAGCGAGAAGCUAAAGCGGGCGAUGCAGAGUGGCCUCUUCUGACCACAGCAAGCGACAAUGCCUGUAAUAGCAUGGGGAUGCAGAUAGAGCCGGUUGAGACGGAUCAAGUUGAUAGUAACGAUGGCAACAUGAGUAGCGCCCACUGCAUGUCCGAGUCUGCAAAUACUUAUCACACUGCCGCCUGGAAGCCUAGUUCGACUGAGUCGGCAACCGUCGGGAGUCAGACGGCUGGCUCGCCGAUUUGCGGUGAUGAGCCACAGGCUGAGCAGCCCGGAUACCGCACCAAGCGCCUUUCUGGUUACUCAUCAAAAUCAGAGCCUGGCCCGAUGCUCAAGAUCGCAGACGAUGCAGACGCUGUCUUGCUUGGCAAGGAUGUACCUCCUGUGCCGGACAUCGCAGUCAGCAAGUCAGUGUUCAAGAGAGACUCAUUGAGUAAGAUCACUAACCGCACGAUGUCAAGGUUUUCUGCCGGUAGAUCUAGGGCAGAAACAUCGAAAGCUAGUGGGAGGAGAUCAAGCUACAGUGUAGCUGUUACGGAGCAUAGGACCACCCAACUUCCCAUGCGUGGCGAGCUGCAACAGUCGUCAGCCUCUCCUCAGAGCACUCCUAUUCGGGAGGGGAACGUCACCGUUCGAAAACGAUCUUCUAAGGUCACCCCCAAGCCAGCCAUGGUCCCAUCUGCCAGCUUAGAUCAACACCUCGUUGCUGAACCGAAGCAUACAACCUCGAGUCGAUCCAAGGCGAGGCUUGCGCUUCUUAAUCCAAGCACACCCAGCUCUCGAGAUGGAUCCUCGCCCAGCUAUGCUAGAUCCACAGCAGUGUCUUCACGCAACGCGAGCAUGUUGGACAAGCGUGCCAUCUUCCGGAAGCCUGCAUACAGCCCCAGCCAGCCAAGUGAACUGAAGGAUGAACGAUUAGAGACUCGGUCGAAGAAUGACAGCAAGGUAUCACAAAAAAAGAAGAAUCAGACCGUUGGUGAAAAGACGGUCAACCCGAAGCGUAGUUUCAGGAACAUGUUCCUUCCCCGGGACAACAGGGAGAAGACGCCUCCUGUACCUGCAGUUCCGAAGCGUUCGUUAUUGAUCGGGAGCACCAUACGAGGUCGCUUCAGAAGCUCCGCCAACCUCGCGGAGCAUGAUCAGAAGGCGACCGACGUGACGAACCGUCGCGCAAUAUCUCGAGAAGACCGUUAUCCGGCUCAUUCGCAGAACGACAUCGUGCAAGUCGCCACGCCUCCCACUUUUACCUCGAAAGCUGCCGGAACGCAGCACGGCAACUUCCAAGCUGUCCUAUCGCCCAAUACCAUCUCAGAAGCCCCAGCAGUCACUACCUCGGACGCUGGACCCGUGAUCAACAGUAUUCUCACCCAAGUGUCGUUGCUUCGGGACACGUCUUCGGACCGUCUGCGCGGCCUCGAGAUCGCUGAGGUCUGUACAACCCUGAACCACCGUGUUAGUAUGCUGAAGGAGCUUGUUCUAACGGUACAAACGAAACAGGCUCUUCUCGCUUCUUUGGAUGCUUGUAAACACGCACAAAUCGCGGCUACACAAGCACGGCAACAUUCUCGUCAGGCGGAGCUAUAUGCGCAAAGGUCUGCUGUUGAGCUUGGGAGACUGCACAGGCUUUGCGAGUGUGGUCUUGACGAGGAGACUGUGCAACUGAUCAAGGGUCUGCUCAGCAAUGCGUGGGAUUCGGCAUUUCCAGCGGCAUCGUCAACAAGCUUGCGUGACGUCGAACCCGCCAUGAACGGAUAG